GACCACUGCUUUAGACGAUACUAGGAUACUAUAGAGACCCUUAUGCCUGGAAUCGUUUUGCCACUUAAUUCAUACCACUUGCGCUGUUUAGGUAAUAAAAAUCAAUAGAUCGAAAAAAAUUGAACAUCAUUCAUCAUUAUCCUGGUCUUGCUAAUUAGGCAUGUAUGUAUUUGUUAAUUUGCUGGAUUUAUGAAAAUAGGAUUCGUGUAAGGCCUAAUGGCGUGUCCCAUGAACGCAAUCCCAUAUUUGUUGCCUCGACAGUUCAGGAGAAACGAACGGUGAAUUGAGUUUCUGCGUCUUUGAGUAACAGAUGGUAUGUACCUCAUUAUGCAUAAUUUGCACCUUUGCAUGGUAAAUAAAGAUCUUUUGAAACGGCUCAGUGAAGCAUUUGCGAGGUGGAAUCUACUAUGGAAGUGUCAGCUUACGAUUUGUAUUUGUUGAUGAGCAUUGUUGUUCCAUCAAUAGCGUGGAACGCCUUGUCGCUGAAAGUUCAGAUACACAAAUUGAAAAAACUUGCAAAUUGGUUCAUGUGCUUCAUUAUUAUCACCGAUUUUUUUGUUAUAUUUGUGAGCCUGUUUCACGUCGCAUAUUCUUUGACUUGUCGUAAAACCGGCUCAUGCUUGAAAAUACCAAAGCAAGCGACGAAAAAUUCGAAUCACACGCCAUGGCAAGAGGAUACCGUAAAUAUUGAUGAUUUCCAAGCCUGUGGCAUGAGAGUUAUAAUAAAAUUUGUUUAUGACUUCACGAGUACAAUCAUGCCAUCCAUUGGAGCCAGUCAACUUUGGACAUUGAUCUACCUAAUAGCAAAACCGAGGACUUCAAGCAAUUCGAAGUGUCGUUUCGCUGGACAAAAGCGAAGUCUUUUUCUUGUGGUUCCUCUUUUAGCAAAUACAGUUGAAUACGUUGCAACAAUUUAUUUGAGCCGAUCGAAUUAUAUCACCCUGGAUACGAUGUGGUUGAUACAAUUUUCUUUACGUGUUUCAUUAGGAUUCAUGUUCUCACUUCUUCCAGCUAUGUUUCUCAUAGGAAUUGUAUGCAUGAGGUGGAUACAUUCUCCCGUUGUCCCUAAAACUCUCACCACAACGAAAAAUAAAAGAAGUGUUUCGAUGCGUCAAUAUAGCUCACCGGUACCACUUUCUAUGAAAAAGCGACUCAGAAUCAAAUUCUACAGAAAGACUUCUGUUAUUUGGUCGGAAAAUACCUUUUCAAUUCUUUACACAAUAGCAGCAUUGUCGAUUAUAUUCUGGGUGCCCGUUCAUAUACACUCCGUUAUCGACAUGGGAGUAAAUAUACCUUUUAACGUCAUUGUGAGUAUCAACCUAUGCACUUUGCUGCGCCCGAUGACAAUUUAUUGCAUGAGCAACAAAUGGAGAAAAGACCUGAAAAAAGCAGCAAUGCCUGUCAUAAAAUUUCGAAACAUUGUACAUCGACGAGUCAGCAAAGAAACACAAAGACCUUCACCCUAUCACGUGACACCACUACCCAUCAUCCCAAUAAAAUUGGUGCCAAGAGAACCCUUGGUAGAUCAAGACUGUACGGUUUUUGAACGACGCCGAUCGUGUUUUGGGAGCAUUGUUUCUACAGAAAAAUCAUUUCUUGUCCGACCAAACAACAGAAUUGCUCCAUGUAUUGAAGAGUGAUGUUACUACAAACUUGCAAUAUCUUGUCUUAUUUUACUAUACUGCACAUUGUAUGUAUAAUUCGUCUUUAAGUAUGUAUUGUUGUGAUUCGCACUUGAAGCACACGGUAAUGCACCACACUGUGGGAUCUUAUAGCAUUUGACCAUAUUGAACUAUCCAUGGUGAGUUUAUACAGCAAAAUCAUGGUGUACUGCUUUUCAUUGCUUAUUCAUUCAAUCGUAUUAAUAUUAUUAUCAAUAUUAGUAUUUAUUCUACAUCUAUUCUCUCACAGAUUUGCAUGUACUUUUAGUCAAGCAUCGUGGGUUGAUGGUGUUGACUAAGUUUAUAACAGAAAAUAUGUUUAAAAAUGCAACCAAUUUAUCAUAAUAUUUUAGAGUGAUUUACUUUAGUAAACGUAAAAGAGUUACAUGGAGUCAUUAACCAAAACUAGCCAGUCGUUUUUGCUUGUUUGUACACUCUUCACACUUAUAAAUUAUUUUAGCAAACGUAUUUUUCACUUCCGUCACCCUCGUGAAACAAUUCAACGUCAUUUUUUAUUCUUUUUCGUGUUUUAGCUUCGGUGCUAUUUGUACAUUGUUCUAACAGAUUGACGUCAAAGAAUAAACAACAUUUGCUUUUAGGUCUUUGUCGAAUCCGUGAUCCACUCUAAACUGCUAUUAUUCAAGUGUAUCCAAUUUGGAUACUAAUUUUAUACUUUUUAUCUAUUAUAAUUUCUCUUUAUAUAUAUGUAUAUAUGAAUAUUCAUUCCUAUCUUAA